AUGGAGCCAGAUGGGAUCAUUGAGGUGCGUAUUGCUUCUGUGUGAAAUCUUCUAAAUUGGAUGUGAACGACUGUAACUAGAUAUUCAAGAGCUCCAGUUAAAACUUAAUGUGUAAUAAAUGUAAUAACUUGCCUAAUUGAAUGCGAACACUGUAGCUAUUCAGAUGGUCAAGAUACUGUGUAAUGAUGCCUACCUUGCUAAAUGGAUGCCAAAAGCUCCAAUGUAUGAAGUUAGAUAUUCAGUAGAUCCAGUUGCUAAAGGAUGACCGACAUCUUAUGUUUUAGGGGAACUAAUAGGGCGGUGCACAAUUGACCCAGCGUUGGCCGGUGUAGGCUGUCAUUGUAAAUAAGAAUUUGUUCUUAACUGACUUGCCUAGUUAAAUAAAGGUUAGCGAAUGACUGUUUUAUAACUACCUUGUUUGGAUGCACUGUCAAGUCACACUGGAUGAGAUUGUCUGCUAAUUUACUGAAAUGUGGCUGUCUAUACUCAACCCUCAACCUACAGAGCAACUGGAAUGAGAUCGUGGACAGUUUUGAUGACAUGAACCUGGGCGAGAAGCUGCUCAGAGGAAUCUAUGCCUAUGGUUUUGAGAAACCCUCUGCUAUUCAGCAGAGGGCCAUCCUCCCUUGUAUCAAGGGUGAGUACUCAGCCACACCUUUUUAGAUGGUUAUGCGUAAUGGUCAAAUGCUUCAUUUUCUAAACUUUAUGGGGUCAUACAACACAUUUGAAGAGGGCAUUUGCAGUGUCCGUACAGCAUGGUCACUACAGUGACUGAAAUCUACCUUCUCUUAGCUCAUCAGCUUGAAAAGACCACUAACGUUCACUUAAGCUGAGGGUACUAAAAAUGCUGAAGUCUUAACUUCUGCAUGUUGGCUUCACUCCCCCUGUCAACUGGGCAAGGCGGUGUCCUCUAAUGGCACUGAAUCUUAUAUCUGACAGGGGAAUAGAGAAUGAGUCCAUAUUCAUCCCAGUCAGCUCUGUUCAGUGAGGAAUAGGCUGGUUCAUGCUAUGGGCACAGAUGAAACAAACUAGUCAAUUUUAGUGCACUAACUUUAGCCUAAUUACUAAUUUAAACAACUCUGAAAACAAACUAGUGGUUGGAGGAUAAUUUUGGUUUAGCUUGUGCAUUUCGACAUAACAUUCUAGUAGAAGGCAUUGGUUGAAGCCUACCCAAAAGAGUAGAGGUGCUGACUAACGUUCUAGCAGAAGGCAUUGGUUGAAGCCUACCCAAAAGAAUAGAGGUGCUGACUAACAUUCUAGUAGAAGGCAUUGGUUGAAGCCUACCCAAAAGAGUAGAGGUGCUGACUAACAUUCUAGCAGAAGGCAUUGGUUGAAGCCUACCCAAAAGAGUAGCGGUGCUGACUAACGUUCUAGCAGAAGGCAUUGGUUGAAGCCUACCCAAAAGAGUAGCGGUGCUGACUAACAUUCUAUUAGACCUAUCCAUUAAGUCAGCGUAUGUAUAAACGGCUAAUUAUAUGAGCUGACAUUGGCAUUCUUGCCUGUCCCCAGGUUACGAUGUGAUUGCACAGGCUCAGUCUGGUACUGGGAAGACUGCCACCUUUGCCAUCUCCAUCCUGCAGCAGAUUGACAUGGAGCUGAAGGGCACACAGGCCCUGGUCCUGGCUCCCACCAGAGAGUUGGCUCAGCAGGUGUGUUGACAAGGGAGGAGGAAGGGGAUGAGUUGGACAAUAAAAGGAAGUAAAAACAAAUGGGUAAUGUUCACAUCUCUAGCAUGAAACGGUUGCAUUUCUUGUCCUGUGGUCCUACAUGCAAGAAUUGCGUUGGCGUCAACUUGAUUAGGUUUAGUUUAUGGCUUAUCAGUGACUGCUUUUAAGACAUGCCACAAAGGGACUGCUGUAAAACAUGCACCCCCCCCCCCCCCCCCUGUCAACUGGGCAAGGCGGUGUCCUCUAAUGGCACUGAAUCUUAUAUCUGACAGGGGAAUAGAGAAUGAGUCCAUAUUCAUCCCAGUCAGCUCUGUUCAGUGAGGAAUAGGCUGGUUCAUGCUAUGGGCACAGAUGUUGGAAAAUACCAGAUAUACAUGUACAGUUGAGAGGUUUUGAUGUGGAAAUAGGUGGUAGUCCUACACAAACUAAAGGGAUGUCUUGAGUAAAAAACAAACCCUCAAUAGUCUGAAACUACUAAACAUUCUCUUUCUCCCCAUAUUGUUUAAUCUCAACUUUACUAUCAAAUAAAAUCUCCUCUCCUCCCUAGAUCCAGAAGGUGAUCCUGGCCCUGGGUGACUACAUGGGAGCCUCCUGCCAUGCCUGUAUCGGAGGGACCAACGUCCGUAACGAGGUCACCAAGCUGCAGGCUGAGGCCCCCCACAUAGUGGUGGGGACCCCUGGUCGCGUGUUCGACAUGUUGAACCGCAAAUACCUGGGUAAGUAGUGGUUGCCCAAUUUGUUUAAUUGACAAUCAAUGGUUGAGUUUCGACUUUGAGUGAGGCGGCUAAAUAUUUACAUGCAUUUUAUCCAAAUUCACCACAUAGUAGUUGACCAAUAGUGUAGUUCAUCAAUGGUUUAAGUUGCACAUUUUCGUUCUUAGUAGGACCCUGGUUUGCAGUUGGUGAUGAUACGUUUGAGUGACAGGGUAGGGUUCUAGAGCUGUAUAAUGAUGAAAUCUAUGCGUGUCAACUGAUUCUGGAACCCCCUGAGUGUUCUAGUUCCACCAGUCAGCGUUCUGUUGGCUGGUGUGUUCUGAACCUCAGGACUCUAGAACUCAUGAUCAGAUUCCACACUGGCUGAAUACAGUAUUUUUCAAUGACUCAGAACUUGGUUUGCACAAAUAGUAAAGGCUUUGAAUCAAAGAUGGGUCAUUGGGCAUUUUCCCUCAUUUCAUCCCUCUAAAAUGAAUGUAGUGGUGAUAUUACCAGUAAAGGCAGAAUUAAUUGACUACUUAUAGAUGCUUCUCUAAUGUUAUUCUAUCACUCCACCUUGCCUCCAUGCAGCCUCCAAGAACAUCAAGAUGUUUGUGCUUGAUGAGGCAGAUGAGAUGUUGAGCCGAGGGUUCAAGGACCAGAUCUACGAGAUCUUCCAGAAACUCCCCACCAGCACACAGGUAUGUCAAUCUGACCAGGACUAACCCCAACCCACCAGCACUGGUAUGCCCAUCUGAUUAGGACUAACCCCAACCCACCAGCACUGGUAUGUCAAUCUGACCAGGACUAACCCCAACCCACCAGCACUGGUAUGUCAAUCUGAUUAGGACUAACCCCAACCCACCAGCACUGGUAUGUCAAUCUGAUUAGGACUAACCCCAACCCACCAGCACUGGUAUGUCAAUCUGACCAGGACUAACCCCAACCCACCAGCACACAGGUAUGUCAAUCUGACCAGGACUAACCCCAACCCACCAGCACUGGUAUGUCAAUCUGAUUAGGACUAACCCCAACCCACCAGCACUGGUAUGUCAAUCUGACCAGGACUAACCCCAACCCACCAGCACACAGGUAUGUCAAUCUGACCAGGACUAACCCCAACCCACCAGCACUGGUAUGUCAAUCUGACUAGGACUAACCCCAACCCACCAGCACACAGGUAUGUCAAUCUGACCAGGACUAACCCCAACCCACCAGCACUGGUAUGCCCAUCUGCACUAACUUUAGCUGGAAUCUGAUUUGAACUAACUUUAUUUGAAAGGUGUGUAUUUGGUCUUCAAUUUAGCUAGAAAUAUUUACUGUGGCCAUUGCUCAAGGGCAAUAUCCUAAGGAUAUUUGACUUUUGUUCGUAGUUUUAAAUGACUUAUUAUACUUUUCAGCAAACUGAUCUGUAGUACAGGCUCAACUGCAUUGCUCUGUACUCUGCAUUUAGUCAUAUGAACUUGAUGCAGUGAAACUGUUUCCUCCACUCCCUAUCAUAUGUGGCCAAAACUCCUCCCAGCUUGUGCUGUCAGGAAUUACGUUUUUUUGUGUAACCUAGAAUCCGCUCUCCACAGUGACAGGGCUCAGUCCCAACUCAUGGGUUAUUAGCAGUUUACAACCUACUCACCGGUUGCACAAUUCUUGUGGGUGUGGUUGGCAUUGCGUCUUCCCUGAGGUUGAACUGUUGUAGACGUUUCAGGGUAAUGUUCAUUCAUGUCCUUUUCCUAAUGUGGGUGAAAGUCCAUCCUCUGCCCUCGCUCCUCCGUGACCUGAACUAAGUGGUCGUAGUGUCCAUUUGUUAGUCGGCGAAUGAAAGAGUUAUCCCCUCCUAGAUGGGUAUGACUGUCCUUGAAAGGUGGCUAACUAUCAGUACUUCGGAAGCAUUUUGAUCUGCCACACACUCUGAAUCAUUUGUUUUGUCUAGAGGAAACCAUGCACCUGUCUAAAGCUAAGUAGUUUUAAUCUAAAAUGUCCUGCGUCUCUAACUUAAUUUGUUUUGAUCACUUUUGGGAUCCACCCUCUUGACAAAGGUGCUUAGUGAAUUGACUCUGCCACUAGCACGUCACUUCCCCCCUCAAUUACCUUUGCCCUUUAUCAAAGGGAGGCGAGGAGACUCGGCGUUAAGCAAAUCCAAUUGACAAAAUGCUGUUGACUUCAACAUACCUAACCCUUUAGCUUUCCUGUUCUCUCAAGUAGUUAAACAUGGCUAAGUAGUACGCUUGUAUGGACUUUGACUGUAAUCUGAAUCAUGACUAACCGCCUUUAACCUCUGACCCCCUCUAGGUGGUGCUGCUGUCUGCCACCAUGCCCCAGGACGUGCUCGAGGUCACCAAGAAGUUCAUGCGUGAGCCGAUCCGCAUCCUGGUCAAGAAGGAGGAGCUCACCCUGGAGGGUAUCCGCCAGUUCUACAUCAACGUAGAGAAAGAGGUGCGAGUUGCCCUUAGACACAGAUCUAAGAUCAGUUUGGGCGGUCUGAGUAAGUUUCCUUUAGGCACAGAUCUAGAUGGGGUUAGGUGCGUUUUGACAGAUGAGGGUGCAUUUGGUCCAAUAUUUGUUAAUCUCGCCAGAACCGGUUUUAUCCAGUUUUCUGACGAGUGAGUUAAGAGGCCGCUCUGCCUCGUCUAGGUUUGUCAACGACCUCAAAUUCUGAGGUGUUACAUUUCAGUAAUGUAGCAGAAUCUUAUCCAGAGCAACUUCAACCAAAGACUACCAUAUAUUACAUACAUUGGAUUAAACCUUCAAUGGCUGUAGUAAACCAAUCUGGGUGUGGCUGUUUUAUGAUGAAACUCAUGCGUGUCAACUGAUCCCAGAAACCCUUGGGGCUCCCGGUGGCCGGUUGGCGUUCUGUCAGCCGGUUGUUAGUGGCCUCAAGGCUCUGGGGGCAUGAUCUGACGGUACAGCUGAAAACAGCACACCCUACUAGAUUAACACCUCCGUGUUUAUUAGCAUCCUACCGAAGACGUUCCUCUUGUGAGAUUUUGGCUCGUUGAUAAGUUGGACUCGGGUAGAGAAGCCAGAGUGAAAAUAUUGUGACAUUUGAUGAGGAUUUUAUUUAGAUAAACAUUUAAUCACAACAUGCUGAACACGGACCCAGGGUUAAACGUGGGUACAUUGCUGUUGCUAGGCAAGAACUUAAUUAUUCUCACUGGGUGUGUGAAAUGGGGAUCUGACCUCGGGUCGAAUUCCUCGCUUUUACCUAAUCCAUGGCAGUCCUACCUUAUCAGAGACUGAAACCAGACUGUUGCCUUUUGCCUCUCUCCUCAGACAAAGUCCUGAGAGCGGAGCCAGAGUUGAACAGAGUUCAGACUAAACAUGAGUAAUUACAGCAUGACGGGAGGGAAGAGAGGAGUUUGGUUUGGGUAUGUUUGAGAGAUUGAGUGUGGACCUGUCAUGUCCAGCAAUCAAUCUCAGGUCGAGCCAGGGUUGAACAGAGUUCAAACUGAACAUGAUUAAUUUUUGCAUGACAAGGGCUUGAUUGAUUGCACCAUUGUUUCCAAACUGAAUAGAAGUCAGAUUUUGCCACUAUCAUAGACUAAGGAAGUGGGUGGUGGGGGAAACUGAAGACCGUGGUGGGGGAACCCAAGAGGGAGGGUUUUUAAGCUAAAACAUAUGUAAAUAUGACUAAAUAAACAGAGAUGAGAGGUAGGAGGAUGCUUUGCAAACCACCUCGGCUCUAUUGCGUAUGUAAUGGAGCAUCAUAAUGCUACAAAUACUUUGGUUCUUUGAUAUAAGGACGAACUUGCCACAUCACAUUCUGUACCUCCUAUUUGGCCGAUUUUAUAUAUUUAGUGUAGUGGCUAAACUAGAUGACACUAAAGCUACUUAUCGGAUCGACAACAAAAUGGAGGUAGAAGGAUACCCUUGAUUUUCACUAAACUCACAUCCUUGACUGCCUUGUCAUGUUCUCAAUGUCUCCCCUCUACCAGGAGUGGAAGCUGGACACCCUGUGUGAUCUCUACGAGACCCUGACAAUCACCCAGGCUGUGAUCUUCAUCAACACCAGGAGGAAGGUGGACUGGCUCACUGAGAAGAUGCAUGCUAGGGAUUUUACUGUGUCUGCUCUGGUAAGACUAGACCCCUUUUUGACUAACCCAUAGGGUUGGAAUGAGGGCCCCACCAUGCAUCGGCGCUGUAAUGGCUUGUGUGCCCUCGCUUCAACCCUAUGGACUGACCUGUCUACCCUAGCUGGGGUCAUGACCUCUGGUAAGAGUAAGGAACCCCUUUUGAACUUGAAAGAGCCUCAGCCGUAGCUUGAAUGUAACUUUGACCUUAAACUACGGACUAAAUGCUGGAACCGUGUAAUUUUAGAUUGCCGUGAAGGCGCUGCAUGGUGAAUCCGACAUCUGCGUUGGCGUGUUACGGUGAUACAGCCUCGGCAAAGUGAUCUGUACUACUUGUGCUUCACAGAGCUGUUAAGGGAGUUUGUUUUAUACGAUGCGGAGCUGAAUGGAGCCCUCUGCAUUGUUACAAUAUUUGGGAGGCGCAAUGCGGUACGGUGCUCAAUUUUGGCCUCUGCGUGCCUCCGGAAGCGCCACUAUUGCGUCACACCCUCCUUACGGCAUUGCCGACCCACAUUUUCAGAUCAAGCCUAAAUUGGCUCUUGGAGUUGUGGCUUUAGGCAAUCAAAGUAAUGUCCUUCACUGUAGUCUGUUUUCAUUAAUGUAACUGUCACUGAGGUUGUCCCAUUAGAAUUAGUAUGUGCAUCUUUAAGUCAAUGGGGUCAGAACUCUAUUUUUCUGGUUUGACUUAACGCCCCCUGUCAACUGGGCAAGGCGGUGUCCUCUAAUGGCACUGAAUCUUAUAUCUGACAGGGGAAUAGAGAAUGAGUCCAUAUUCAUCCCAGUCAGCUCUGUUCAGUGAGGAAUAGGCUGGUUCAUGCUAUGGGCACAGAUUUACAUUUAAGUCAUUUAGCAGAUGCAUAAACCUAUUCAGUAUUUGCUCAUUGUGUGUAGUAUUUUGAUAACCUUAAGUCUAACCCCUCUAGUCAAAAGUAUAUUGUGGCAUUACCACACAAAUAUAUUCUGCAAUAUCCAAACUGGACCUUGAGUCUAAAGAAAUCUCUUAGCCAUGUCUUGUGCAUUCAUAUGACCUGUAGCUCAUGUCUGUUCUCUUCCAGCACGGAGACAUGGACCAGAAGGAGAGGGACCUGAUCAUGAGAGAGUUCCGUUCAGGCUCCAGUAGGGUUCUCAUCACCACUGACCUGCUGGUAUGUCACUUCCUGUUAAUGGCGUCACACUCAAAUGGUUUCCACCACUCCUGCUAUGGUGUCACAUUGAAAUGGUUGCCCCCAUCCUCUCCCUGUUAAUUCGGGCCCAGAGAACUCUCCUCUCAGCUUGUGUGCUUUGUCAGGAAUGAUUGUCUUUGGGAGAGAAGCUAGGCUGCUCUCCACAGUGACUGGGCUCACAGUCCCAACUCACGACUUAUUAGCAGUUUACAACAUUCACCUUUCUCUGAUGUAAUGUCUUUCCUUGUUGACUGACUAUGCAAAACGUUUGCGGCCUCUUGCACUUAUGUUUGGCACCAGUCGAAGUAUAGCGCUAAUGAUUGAUUAUUCCCUCGGUCUCUGUCCCUCCAGGCCAGAGGUAUUGAUGUCCAGCAGGUGUCCCUGGUCAUCAACUAUGACCUGCCCACCAACCGGGAGAACUACAUCCACAGGUAACUACAACUCCAAUUCCCAGAAUGCAGCAUUAUAAUUGGUAAAACGUUAUGAUCCAUGCAGAGCAAUAUAUUGACACCAGGGUCAUGCAUGUUUGACGGGAUCCUACAUAGAUCUGUGUUCAUAGGUUGCACCUCUGUUCCUUCAUGCCAUUAUGAACGUUCUCAAGCCUCCCUCUACCUGCGGCGCGAUAGUGGGGCCCUAAAGUUGUGAAAAGCGAGAAUGACAGCGCUAACUACUGUUUAGUCUGAAUUACACUAGUGCCUGGAAAUACAAUGACAUUGCUAAAGUAGUCAAAUAUUUAGAAUGAAAGAACUUUGCCAGCAUUAUGUCAUCAAAUUUACUUUAGACAGAUGGCAAUGUUGUCAUGGUUAGCGUUGUCUAGCUUAAAUCUGGUGUCAUCCACUCAAAUAUUAUACUGCGUCUAAAGUCAAUCUGGGGACAUCAAAACUAUGAAGGUUGUCCUAAUUAUUUGUGUGCUUUUUCAAUGUCAUUGUAUUUCUAAGCCACUAAUGCACUCAUUGUUUCCUUUUUAAAAAAAAAAAUUAUGCUCAGUCGUAUCUGCAACCCAUGAAUUGUGACAGGGUAGGGUUCUAGAGCUGUAUAGUGACAGGGUAGGGUUCUAGAGCUGUAUAGUGACAGGGUAGGGUUCUAGAGCUGUAUAGUGAUGAAAUCCAUGCGUGUCAACUGAUUCUGGAACCCCCUGAGUGUUCUAGUUCCACCAGUCAGCGUUCUGUUGGCUGGUGUGUUCUGAACCUCAGGACUCUGGAACUCAUGAUCAGAUUCCACACUGGCUGAAUACAGCGUAGUUGAUUUGAAGUUGGGAUUCCUUUCAAUGUUCGGUCUUGAGAUUAAUUUAGUGGAGUACAAUGGGUAGAGUACUGAAUGGGGGGAAAACAAGUGGGUAAAUGUAACUCUGUUCCAGAUAAUGGGUUGAAUGUAGAUGGCUCUUUUCCAGCAGCACAAAGCAUCUCCUACAUGCAGCAGUUGCAUUUCAACUACAUGUCAACUAAAAGAUCGCACUAAAUAUCCAACCAAAACCCUCUGUUUCCUCCUGUCAGGAUUGGUCGAGGGGGUCGUUUUGGCCGCAAGGGCGUUGCAAUCAACAUGGUGACAGAGGAGGACAAGCGCACGCUGAGGGACAUCGAGACGUUCUACAACACCACUGUUGAAGAGAUGCCCAUGAAUGUGGCCGACCUCAUCUAG